AUGCUAUGUGAGCAGCCUACUGAACGACAUGCGUUUGUAUCUUAUCUCAAAAGGUGGGACGAGUAUUUAAGGGUUUCCCGAUAUUCCGUGGAGCUGUCUGCACGGAAGUUAAACCCGGUAGAGCUCCAACUGCAAGCUAUUUGCGAUAUAUUGCAUCACCAGAGAAAGCGUUAUCAUGACAGAAUAAUGCAUCAACGUCUUUUCCCAAUGCAACCACCUUUAGUUGCGGCUCUUGGUGUAGAACUUGCAUCAGAGAUGGAAGGGCUUAUUUCUCGACACGAAAAUUAUGGCGUUGAACGAAAGGGAUGGUUCCAUACAGCUGUUUGGUCUCGAAAUCGUACGAUGAGGCAAGCAGAAAACUUUCAGACCUUCGAGCGGGAAGCUUUCCAAACCCUCUCGCGGCACUGGGAAAGGCAAGGCUACGUACGGCCAGAAGAAACUGUCAGUGAUUCGUGUGAUGCCGCCAUUAAUAAUUGCUCAAUUCGUAAUAGAAGUGAAACGGUCCCGUAUCUAAUAAGUUGGGAGGAGCAAGAUGCAUCAAUAGGGGACUCGUCGCAGAUUAACGCAAGAGAGGGCAACCAACAAGGCUUAAAGCGGAAUCACACGCUAUCUCUCGCCGCCUUAGAUCGCAUAUCUAGUCAUCUUAAAACUUACGGUGUGUUUGCUACUGCUAUAUUUCUGAGAGUUGGUUCAGGUGUUGCCGUAUUACGCAAUGCUGUCGACAAGCAAGACGUAUGGGCCAUACGUCGCAUGCUUCACUUGAAUGGGUCAAUGGCGCGUGAAUCUGCGUAUAAAAUUGUGGAAUAUGACCCAAAUGUGCUUGUUUUAAAGCACACGCGUGGCCGAAUUCACUGCUUGCUGCAGGGGACAUCUUUUGAUCGCCAAUUGGUUGCAUUACAGCAAUUUUGGAUGCCCAUCAUAUACUACACGCUUGGAAGGCAUUUCUAUGUAUCAAACAUUAAUUUGAUUUCUUCAGAUCCCAUGAGCUACGUGGAACCUUGGCAUCGAAAAAAUCGUCACUUCGGGAUAUGCAUUCUCCUAUCAUUGGAUGAUAUUAAUGAAAAAACGGGGCGUAUGCAAUUUCUACCCGGUACGCAUAGGAGCGGAUCGGAGAUAAAUCCAUAUAGUACCGGCAAGGCUGCAGUGGACCUUAAUAUAGGGGAUGUGCUAAUAUUCGAUUCUAGACUGUUACAUCGUAAUACAAGUGAGUUUAACGACAGUGCCAGGUGCCAGUCGUGCCUUCUAUACACUUAUGACUACACAUCUACACCUCCUCCUGGUCAAGGUGUGAAUAUAUGUGUCACGGACGUAAAAAUCACAGUUAUGCAGGGGUUGCUCAGUUUGUGUUGGAUAACUUGCGAGGCAUCAUCGUCGAUGUGCUGUCCAACACACAGACAUAAUUUCGGGGAUAUGUAG